CUCCCCCUCUGCUUUACGGACUCUCUGGGGCUUUGUUCAUCUAAUUGACGUGCAACUCACAUUGUCGGGAGCUGGACUCUGCCAUUUCUUUUUUUCCCCCCAGGCAGGGGGUGGAGCGGAGUGCAACUUGAUCCAUCUGCCAGACACAAGAAUAUGUUCAUUGGAGAACAGAUUCUCCAAGACGAGCGUUCCUCUCUCCGCUCCCCCUUCUAUUCGUGCUUUUUUUUAUCCCUCCCUGAACGCCCCAGUGCAGCUUUCUGUCUGAGAAUUGGUGAGCUGUAUUAGCUUUAUAGAUGGUGGUUUGCUCAGUGCUGGUGCACGCUUUCCUAUCAUUUGACGUGUCUGAGCAUGUCCAUGUUGGGGACAUCUCAGGAUCUACCUGACGGAACAUACUAUCAGCAAUCGGCAGCGAAGACGCAAGGAUCUGAACCAGCGGUUAAAAUGGGUUUCUACGGCACUUUAAAAAUGAUCUUUUUUAAAAUGAAGAGAAAAUUGGACCCUGGCCCUGAGGUCCGGUCUUUCUCUUCAGGGAAGAAACCUUGCAAAGGUUCAGAGUACAAAAGCACCACAGGGCUGGUUCCAUGUUCAGCAACACCUACUACUUUUGGCGACCUGAGAGCUGCAAAUGGACAAGGGCAACAGCGGCGUCGGCUCACAACUGUCCAGCCACCUCCAGAACUGCAAGAUUGGCUCAAGACCUUUCAGAGUUGGAGUGGACCAGAAAGAUUACUUGCAUUAGAUGAAUUGAUUGACAGCUGCGAACCUACUCAAGUAAAGCACAUGAUGCAAGUUAUAGAACCCCAGUUCCAACGAGAUUUCAUCUCAUUGCUCCCAAAAGAGCUAGCCCUGUAUGUUCUCUCAUUCCUGGAUCCCAAGGAUUUGCUGCAGGCAGCGCAGACCUGCCGUUACUGGAGGAUACUGGCUGAAGACAACCUACUUUGGAGAGAGAAAUGUAAAGAGGAAGGAAUUGAUGAGCCUGUAUACAUCAAAAGGAGAAAAGUGAUCAAACCAGGCUUUGCUCACAGCCCUUGGAAAAGUGCUUAUAUCCGACAGCACAGAAUAGAUACUAACUGGCGCUGUGGAGAUCUGAAGACCCCAAAGGUGCUGAAAGGGCAUGAUGAUCAUGUGAUCACAUGCCUACAAUUCUGUGGUAACCGAAUUGUCAGUGGUUCUGAUGACAACACACUGAAAGUGUGGUCAGCUGUUACAGGAAAGUGUUUGAGAACAUUAGUAGGACAUACGGGUGGUGUCUGGUCAUCCCAGAUGAGAGGCAAUAUCAUUAUAAGUGGAUCCACUGACCGAACAUUGAAAGUAUGGAAUGCAGACUCUGGCGAAUGUAUUCACACACUCUAUGGUCAUACCUCUACUGUGCGCUGCAUGCACCUCCAUGAAAAUCGGGUUGUGAGUGGGUCUCGAGAUGCUACUCUUCGUAUCUGGGAUAUUGAAACAGGACAGUGUUUACAUGUGUUGAUGGGUCAUGUUGCAGCUGUGCGAUGUGUACAGUAUGAUGGAAGAAGAGUUGUUAGUGGGGCGUAUGAUUUCAUGGUUAAGGUGUGGGACCCUGAAACGGAAACCUGUCUGCAUACAUUACAGGGACACACCAACAGGGUCUAUUCAUUACAGUUUGAUGGUAUCCACGUAGUAAGUGGUUCACUUGAUACCUCUAUUCGUGUAUGGGAUGUGGAGACUGGGAAUUGUAUUCAUACGCUAACAGGGCAUCAGUCAUUAACAAGUGGAAUGGAAUUGAAGGACAACACACUCGUUUCUGGAAAUGCAGAUUCCACAGUAAAAAUCUGGGACAUCAAAACAGGACAGUGUUUACAAACAUUACAAGGGCCUAACAAACAUCAGAGUGCUGUGACAUGCCUCCAAUUCAACAAGAACUUUGUGAUAACUAGCUCAGAUGAUGGGACUGUAAAACUUUGGGACCUGAAAACAGGGGAGUUCAUUCGAAAUUUGGUUACACUGGAAAGUGGAGGAAGUGGAGGUGUUGUCUGGAGAAUCAGAGCAUCGAAUACAAAGCUUGUGUGUGCAGUUGGAAGCAGAAAUGGGACUGAAGAAACAAAGUUGCUUGUAUUGGACUUUGAUGUGGACAUGAAGUGAAGAAAUGGAAUAAGAAUUUGCCUAUUAGCUCAGUGUACAUCACCCUGCCAUUGGUGGGUACAGGAUGUUGGUUCAGGGCAACAGGAUGCAUGAUGAAGACACAAAGACCUAUGGAUCACCGGGAAAGGGAGUAAGGGAGGACAUCUUAUAACUGACAAAAUUUGACUUGGUCAGAUGCACAUAUUGUCUUGUUAUAUCUGCCUUCUCUUUUGACUCUGGGCAGUUUUUGUGUAGAAAGAAUUGAUACAAAGCAGAGUGCAAUGAUUAUUUUUUUAAAGAUUCUCAGCAGCAAGGCAUAAAAAAAAUUAUUUGAAAUGUUAUGUUUUAAACAAGCUGCUUAUCAGGCCAAGAGCUGGUUUUCUUAAAGACUUGGUUGUUUAAAUGUCUCAGUUUUGUU